AUGUUUGAACUACCCACUACACUAAAUAACAAUCGAAUACGAACAGUACGGAAACUGCGAUACCAAUACAUCAAUGCGCUACACCGGGAGUUUGGCAAAAUCAGAGACACUUUGAGUCCCAAUACGACGCUGCCAACGCCUGAGAACUCCGCUGCAGAGGAGGCUAGCGACGCAGAUUUGGACCGAGAUUCGGUUUCUGAACGGCUUAAACGGAAGAGACGUAGGAGAAGACUUAUGAGCGUACUGGGCCACGCAGGCUCUGACUCUGAGCUUUCAGAUGUAGAAGCAGAAGAAUACAGCGUCGAUACUCAUUCCCACCAGCAUCGUUUCCAUCACGAUAGCGAAAAAGAAUUUUACGGCAGGCACGAGAAACCACAAGACACUUUUGAAAUAUGGAAUACUUCUAGGAGCAAGGCGACGCCAAUGGACUCCAAAACAAUAUCAUAUGCCGAGUGCAGGCAUAUUGAGCAGUCUGCUCAAAGACGUAUGGCAUCCAAAAAUGCACACAUCCCGCAAUCCGCCAAACUACACUAUGCGGCGAUGAAAAAUGGCCAUGAAAUCUUCUCGCAGCCCUCCCUUGCCUACUACGACACCCACCUCCAGCGUCUUAACGAACUUUUACAUCUCAAUAUCAUGACCAAUCGCUGGGAGUCUGCAUACCGCUGCUUUUCUAUCUUGCUACGAUUGCCUGGAGUAGAUAUCAGAAGUAUGUGGGGUGCCGGCGUGAGAAUUUUACGUGAAUUAAGUGCAAGUAACAAAAAUAUUGGUACUAGUCAAGAUUUUUUGGGUUGGCUCAGUAGUAUUUACACUUCCAAAAGCAACUUCAACCAUAGCAUGAACAGAUCUCUGGAUCCCGUAUUCAGAUCUGGUUCGAAAACCCAUUCUGCCAAAUUCGUCAUAGCUUGGAUGUGGGAAUCGUUAAUCGCUUGUUGUACAGAAAGUGAUUCAAGCUAUGCUGAGAGAUACAGUAAGGUUAACAACAGACUUCCAGCUCUGAUUGAAAAGCUUUCAGAAAUGGUAUUAGUUCCACCCUACAUGGAAGACUCUGAAGUUUGGUUUAUUUAUGCCAUGUGUCAUUUAAUAAGCGCUGACCAAUUGUCUGAACGGUUUAGUCACGAAGAUGAGAAAUCCUCAGGCUUAGAAAAAGACAUUGCUAGAAACCAAGUCAUUCAGCAUAUAACGAAAACUCAUAACUGCAUAAAAGCGUGUCUAGCCAAGAAUGACGAUUUUCGUUUUCCCCAUCGUGUCAUUCAAGAGCAAUUAGCAAGCUUCGAAAAGAGGCUCUACCAUGAUCAAAAUAGUGAUGUUUUUCCAUCGAAUUCUGAUACCACAGGUGAGGAAGGGUCGGAAAUUUUGUCACACGAAUUAGAUACCCAAGAGUUUUUGGCUCCAGAUGUUUCAUCCUUCGUUGGUGAAGACGACGACGAGGAUUUCUUUGGCCGAAGCGAAAGAGUUCAUUUUGGCUUCGAUUCGGACAGCAGCAGUAGUUGA